CCAUUAGGUCCAUUAAGUUUAGAUUGGUGGCAAAGAUUCUUAGUCGCCAUGAAAGAGAAAAAAACAAGUUUUGUUGUUCUUCCUUUUUAUAUAGGAUGUUUGUCUCAAAUAACUACAUGUGAAAAGAAUUCCAGCCAAUCAAGGACGACAGCAAUGGCGGAAUCGAACCAGGUUGCAACAAGUAUGGUGGUGGAGGGAGAAAGCAGUUCGUCAAUGGUGAAACUCAAGAGAUCUUGGAGUUAUGUGGCUCCAAGAAGAUCUAACAUCACCACGGUGAUGGAUAAGCUAGUCAAACUCACGUUCAGAAGCUUUGCUCGAGUAUUUGCAUACAAAGAUAUCGAGGACAUAAAGACUGAGACCGAGAUGGAAAUAGGGUUUCCAACGGAUGUAAAGCAUGUCACACACAUAGGCUAUGAUGGAUCAAUGACUACAAACCCCGAAAAAAUUUGGGAUCAUUUUCAAUUGCAACCGCUUGAAACACAUUCUUUUCCUUCGGUUUCUUUAAAACAGUUAAUUGAGCCUACACUGGCUAACCGGGUAGAGGGCCCCACAACUUUAUGAUUGAAAUUUGAUACCAAUCAUAUCAAACUGAGAGGAAGAAAGAGGAGAGUUAAAAUGAUUUGGUUUUGUGGUAAAAUUUGUUGUUUUUUUGGGUGUUUGGUUCUGAUCUUAGUGAGAUUGAUUGUUUUUUCUUUGAAGUACUAGUUAGAUCGAUUGUUUUAUUUUGUACAUAUUUUAUAGAAUGUCGC